GGAAAAGAAAGUGAGAAAUUAGUCGAAUAAUGGGAAGUACAUUCUUAUUAAUGUCUUUUGUCCUGUCUUCCUCCUUUUACCUUUAACUGGUGGCGCAGAUGGCUGGCGUGGUUCUGGUAAAGGUUUCUUCGUGUUAAAAUGAGGUUUUUCCUUCCCACCGUCGCCAAGUGCUUACUCUAGGGGUCGUCUGAUUGUCGGGGUCUUUUCUGUACUAUUUUAGGGUAACCUUACAAUAUAAAAACGAGUGUUAUUGUGAUGUGGGGCUAUAUAAAUCAAACAGAGUUGAAUUAAACAUGAUCUGGUAUUUCUGUCAGUUUUGCCACUGCUUUGUCUUUCAAAUUUGUGGAAGUACAGUAGGAUAUCCUUUGAAGUGGUGCAAAUAAUGCUAAAAUAAUCAUUUCAAGACUUCUAGAAUAAAUUAAAUGCGCUAAAUUGAUAUAUUUUUUAAAUAAUCCCGUUUAUAGAUUUUCACUUAAAAAAGCGCUGUGACCGUGAUUUCCUUCUCGCUCGUUUGUUCCUGACUGCUUGUCUGCCUCGUCUCGGCUCAUCGUCCUCUCUGUCUGUCGAAGGGGAGUGGUUAGGCAAAAUGGUGUGCCAGCAUCUCGCCGUUUGCCUCUGUGAUGUGAAGCAACCGGGCCGGAUCACCGCACAUUUAUGCCUCUGCUGAGCGACUUCACCCGGAGCCGUUUGUUUUUAGAAUGCGUCCAGGAGCGCGUCCUCCACCACCACCAUCACCACCUCCCUAUGCCGCGCGGUGCUGUGUGUGUGUGUGCCUCAUAGUUGUCCUCUACUGUGCCGUCGCUGCUGCUGUGUCUGAAGCCGCUGUUUACAAUGGAGACACCAAACAGGCUUCGCUGGAAAGCAUCCUUGAGAACGUGGAGAGUUAUGAGAUUACUUAUCCCAUAUGGCUGCAUCCUCUCAGACACAAGAGGUCUGACAACAAAGAGCAUCCAGCAGAGGCACAGGUUCUCAUCACAGCUGAGGGCCAGGAGCUCAGACUACUAUUAGAGAAAAAUGAGCAGCUGUUGGCCUCUGGAUAUCAGGAAAUAUGGUACACACCCAAUGGAGCGCGCAAGUCCUCUUCUCGACCCAGCACUGGACACUGUUUCUACCAUGGCGAGGUUCAGGGCAUGGAAGGCUCCAGCGUUGCUGUCAGCACUUGUUCAGGGCUCAGGGGACUAAUUUCCCUGAACACGAGCAUCAGCUACCUGAUAGAGCCUCUUCUUGUUUCUACGGAUGCUGAUCGGCAUGCUGUGUUCCGAGCCGAGAGUGUUCGUCUCCCCGGGGGUCACUGCCAGCAUCACCAUGGCAAAGUGGAGCAUGAGGAGGGGCUUAAUGACUUUAUCAAGGGAAUGAUGUCACCACAGGGUUUGAGGGAAAAAAGGGAAGUGAGUCAGAAUAUGAAGUACGUAGAGCUGCUCAUAGUUGCAGACAAGACUGAGUUUGAGAAGCACAACUCUGAUCUUGAUAAGACGAAACAGAAAUUAGUGGAAGCAGCCAACCUAGUUGACAAGUACUACAAAGCUUUAAAUAUCCGUGUGGCACUAAUUGGUCUGGAGGUGUGGACCAGCCAGGACAUGAUCAGCGUCUCCGAUAACCCGCACAGCACCCUGGCAGCGUUCCUGUCUUGGAGACAGAAACAGCUACGCAGUCUCCCCAACGACAAUGCUCAGUUGGUCACGGGGAAGUCAUUCCGGGGCACGACCAUCGGGCUGGCACCUCUCAAAGCCAUGUGCUCCGAAUACCAGUCCGGCGGAGUAAACAUGGACCACUCAGAUUUAUCAGUCGGCGUUGCUGCCACGAUGGCGCACGAGAUGGGACACAACUUUGGUAUGAGCCACGACAUUCCAGGUUGUUGCCAGGCGAAAGCAGAAGACGGAGGCUGUAUCAUGGCUGCUGCUACUGGGCAUCCUUUUCCUCGAGUGUUUAAUGAUUGCAACAUGAAGGAGCUGAAGAGCUACCUGAGCUCUGGAGGAGGAAAGUGUCUCUUUAACCUGCCCAACACCAGGACAAUGUAUGGAGGGCAUCGCUGUGGUAAUGGUUACCUGGAAGACGGAGAAGAAUGCGACUGUGGAGAAGAAGAGGAGUGCACAAGUCCAUGCUGUAAUGCCAACAACUGUACCCUGAAAGCUGGAGCUGAGUGUGCCCACGGAGUCUGCUGUCAGAACUGCAAGCUGAAGAGCCCGGGUGUGCUGUGCCGUGCUCUCUCGGGGUCAUGUGAUCUUCCUGAGUUCUGUGACGGCAAAACAGAGUCUUGUCCUGCAGAUUUUUAUUUAGUGGAUGGCACAUCAUGUGCAGGCGGGAAGGCCUAUUGUUACACCGGCAUGUGUCUGACCCUUGAGCAGCAGUGUCGCUCACUUUGGGGAAAAGAUGGUCGUCCGGCCCCUGACCUGUGCUUUAAGAGGGUAAAUGAAGCUGGCAAUAUGUAUGGGAAUUGUGGCAAAGAUGAGUCUGGGAAUUACAGGAGCUGUAGUGACAGGAAUGCUAAAUGUGGGAAAAUCCAGUGUUUGGCUUCAGCCUCCAAGCCUAUUGAGCAAAAUGCGGUUGUCAUAGAAACCACGGUUACUGAGGGCUACAAAAGAAUCAUGUGCAAGGGGACACAUGUGUACAAGCUUGACAAGGAGGAAAAGGAGCCACAGGGUGACACUUUGGAUCCAGGUCUGGUCAUGACGGGCACCAAGUGCGGCGAAGACUUGAUUUGCUUUAACGGAUUAUGCCGCAAUGCAUCUUUUCUCAGAGCGGGGGAAUGCAACGCCAAGUGCCACGGACAUGGACUGUGCAACAACAACCGUAACUGCCACUGUGAUCCAGGCUGGGCUCCUCCUCUCUGCGACCAGAAAGGAUCAGGGGGCAGUGUGGACAGCGGGCCUGUCAUCAACCGCAGAAGCGUUGGUACAGCCCUCCUUACUUCCUUUCUGCUUCUUUUGGUGGGUUUGGCUGUUUUUGCUUUUUGGCGCUUCGGCAGACAUAAGCUCCCCUCGCUGAAGCCUUCUGCUCCACCACCAGUGCCAAAAAUGAAUGAAAUCCACACUUCCGAGCCACCUGACGUCAAGCCUCUUAAUCCGGAAAGUCGUGCCAACGGUCAUGCCAACCCAACAUUCUUGCUAAAGAAUUCGCCUUCUCCGCAUCCGAGCCCGUCUGCCCCACCUCUACCCUGGAAUGGUAUUGUAUAUCCUGCAGGGAAGCCUCCUCCCAUACCAAUGUGUGCAGGAGAGCAGCGAAAGCAGACACCACAGCCCCAGAGAGUGAUCUCUCCUCAGGGCCGCACUCCCCCUGUCCCUCCAGGACAGAAACCCAACCAGGCUUCUGCACUGCCUACAAGACCUCCACCUUUACGCUCCCUGGAUGCCAAAAACUCGUCACAGCUUUCAGCAGUACCCAAAAAUAGACCAAACCCCCCAAACAGACCUCCACCGCCUUGCCCUAUCAAAAAACAAUCAGGGGACCCUGUGAAAGGCCCACAGGUUACCACCAAUGCCUUGCAACGAGGAAAACCUGGUUUGGCUCCAUCUGCUGGACAGAAAAUGCCAAACAGAGCCUAAUCUACAAGCUCAGGGAGGCAUUGGGGACCACUGCUUACAUCCAGUGACAGACUGCCUCAGAAUAUCUUUUCAGUGCAGUGCCAGGUCGUAAAAAAGGUGAUAAGCGAGGAAUACUUGACGCUGUACACUGGUGUGCAAUAUGUGGAAAAUUAUAUAAUUACAGCAAGUUAUAAAGUAGAGAUGUUUUAAGCCUAAGAUUUAGGCUUAACAAUGAGUGCUUUGUGUAUUACAUGUGUCUGCUUUAUCAACUUUGAAGCUAGAGCUCUGAAUUGAACCGCGUUUAGUUUCUUUUACUUAUGUUGGUAGAAUUAUAAAUGAAGAAGUAUUUAUUCACAAAAUCAAUGAGAAAUGAAUGUUUACAGAGAAACCAUUGUACCAAACGUGAUGCCUCUCAAAGCGAAUUAGCCAUAAAGGGAUGUCUUAUAUUAAGAAAAGAUGCCAGUAAUGAAGUUCUUAUCUGUGAAUAAUAAUGGGUUUUAACUGGACUGAUAGUAACCAGAGAAAGACCUGCAUGCGUGCUGUAAGUUUAUUCUUAUGGUGAAAAGUGCAUGUCUGAUAUGUAGCAGGAGCUGUGAGGGACUUUUUUCCAUUUCUUUAGUUUUUAAUUUCUUUAAUUUAAUUUUUUUUAAUUGUCUUUUUGAGUUCUCAUGCCCUGAAGGGUUUAAAAGGUGGUCGUGUAACCGCAGGCUUUGGAGCAGUAAUAAUUUGGCAUUACUGUUAGGUGCUUCUAAAUAUUGUGUCAUAUUGUGACUGCUUGGGGAAUUGUAAUCUGUAAAAGGGAAAUGCAGAAUGCCAACUCCCAUGUUUUACCUCAUUAUCAGACCUAUGCAAACACAGGGCUUGUGUAACACUGUGUCUGAAACUGAAAUUCAAAUGAACACAUGGGUAAAUAAAAAGAUAUUGAACAUUUUAACAAGUUGUUGUUUUUUCAGCUUUUUCUUCCUAGCUUUCGCCAAUACAGCUGCCAGCAGCAGUUCUUGAGCUCAGAAACUUGCUAUGUUAGAUU